UGCUUGUGAAUUGGACUGCCGACCAUUUACCCAUCACUGCCUCAAGCCCAUACGCUCGGUGUGAAAAAAACUGGAAAGAACACACCUAUUAUAAAUUAUAAUUCAUAAAGCGCCAUUGUUGUAUAUGGUUGUAUUUACUAACUGAUCCAACAACUCAAAAAGUGAAAGUUAUUUAGCUGAAUGAAGGUUAAUUACUAAUUUUGUUAUAUCAUAGCACCUAAAUAAUGGCUCAUCACUACGUUGUAACAGCUCAUAAACCAACAGCAGUAACAGCUUGUGUUACAGGCAAUUUUACAUCAUCAACAGAUUUAAAUCUUAUUUUGGCUAAGAAUACAAGAUUAGAAAUCUACCUAGUUACACCGGAAGGUUUACGACCACUCAAAGAAAUUGGAAUUUAUGGAAAAAUAUCGGUCAUUAAACUAUUCCGACCUCCUCACGAAAAAAAAGAUUUGCUUUUUCUUCUUACAACAAGAUACAAUGCUAUGAUACUCGAGUGUUCUGGGGAGGGUGAAGACAUUGAAAUAAUAACAAAAGCACAUGGUAAUGUUGCUGACAGAAUUGGUAAACCAUCAGAGACUGGUAUCAAAGCAGUUAUUGAUCCAAAAGCAAGAGUUAUUGGUCUUCGAUUGUACGAUGGCUUGUUUAAAAUAAUACCACUUGACAAAGAUAACCCAGAGCUAAAGGCAUCAUCAAUACGUAUGGAUGAACAGCAAGUUCAAGACGUUAAUUUUCUUCAUGGGUGUGCCAAUCCAACGCUGAUCAUAAUUCAUCAGGAUAUAAAUGGUCGUCAUGUAAAAACUCAUGAAAUAUCACUGCGUGACAAAGAAUUUGUGAAAACACUCUGGAAGCAGGAUAAUGUUGAGCGUGAAUCAAUGAUGAUUAUACCAGUGCCAUCUCCAAUAUGUGGGGCAAUAAUCAUCGGUCAAGAGAGUAUACUUUAUCACGACGGCACAGCUUACGUUGCAGUUGUUCCACCAAUAAUCAAAUACAGUACAAUAACAUGUUAUGCCAAAGUUGACGCACAAGGUCUACGUUAUUUGCUUGGUGACAUGGCUGGUCAUCUAUUCAUGUUAUUUCUUGAACAAGAAAAAAAACCUGAUGGUACCACUGUCAUUAAGGAUUUAAAAGUUGAACUGCUAGGUGAAGUCAGCAUUCCCGAGUGUAUAACAUAUCUUGACAAUGGUGUUAUAUUUGUCGGAAGUCGUUUGGGUGAUUCGCAAUUGAUAAAACUCAUUACAAAACCUGAUGAAAAUGGAUCAUACUGUGUUCCAAUGGAAACAUUUACGAAUCUUGCACCAAUUGUUGAUAUGGCUGUUGUUGAUCUUGAAAGACAGGGUCAAGGACAAAUGGUAACAUGUUCAGGUGCAUAUAAAGAAGGCUCGCUGCGCAUCAUCAGGAAUGGUAUUGGUAUACAAGAACAUGCAAGUAUUGAUUUACCAGGCAUAAAAGGUAUGUGGGCACUAAAAAUUGGUAAUAAAAUAUAUGAUAAUACACUUGUGUUAUCCUUUGUUGGACAAACAAGAAUUUUAACAUUAAAUGGUGAAGAAGUUGAAGAAACUGAUAUACCUGGUUUUACUGCUAAUGAACAAACAUUUCAUACCGGUAAUAUUAAUGAUGAUUUAUUUAUUCAAAUAACACCCACAUCAGCACGUUUAAUAUCAUAUACAACAAAAAAAGUUGUUUCAAUAUGGCAGCCAGAUAAUAAACGAACAAUAAGUGUUGUUGCAUGUAAUGGUAAACAAGUAUUAUGUGCAACUGGUAAUGAUUUAUAUUACAUGGAAAUAAUUGAUGAAAAAAUAAUUGCAAAAGGUACAACAAUAUUAGAACAUGAAGUCGCAUGUCUUGAUAUAUCACCCCUUGAUAAUUCAAUUGAAGCGAAUAUUGUUGCUGUUGGUUUAUGGACAGAUAUAUCAAUAAGAAUAUUAACAUUACCAAACCUUGAAGAAAUAAAUAAAGAACUACUUGGUGGUGAAAUAAUACCAAGAUCAAUACUAAUGACAUGUUUUGAAAGUAAUACAUAUCUUCUUUGUGCACUCGGUGAUGGUAGUAUGUACUAUUUUACACUACAAAAAGAUAAUGGUUUAUUAAAUGAUAAAAAAAAAGUAACACUUGGUACACAACCAACUGUUUUACGUACAUUUAGAUCAUUAUCAACAACAAAUGUAUUCGCAUGUUCAGAUCGUCCAACAGUUAUAUAUUCAUCAAAUCACAAAUUAGUAUUUAGUAAUGUUAAUUUGAAAGAAGUUAAUCAUAUGUGUUCAUUAAACGCUGAAUCAUAUCCAGAUAGUUUGGCACUUGCAACAGAUAGUACAGUUACAAUCGGUACAAUUGAUGAAAUACAAAAAUUACAUAUUAGAACAGUAUCACUUGGUGAAUCCCCUCGUCGUAUUGCAUAUCAAGAAACAACACAAACCUUUGGUGUUAUAACAAUGCGCGUUGAUGUACAAGAAAGUAACGGUGUUAACUGGAUAAGACCAUCGGCAUCAACACAAGCAACAUCAACAUCAAGUUGUAGUCAUAUUACAUCACAAAAUAAACCAACUCAUACUGGUGAUGUUGGACAAGAAGUCGAAAUACAUAACUUAUUAAUAAUUGAUCAGCAUACAUUUGAAGUAUUACAUGCACAUACAUUAAUGCCAAAUGAAUAUGCGUUGUCAUUAAUAUCAACAAAACUUGGUGAUGAUCCAAUACCAUAUUUCAUUAUCGGUACUGCACUUGUUAAUCCAGACGAAUCAGAACCUAAAAUUGGUCGAAUAUUAAUAUAUCAAUGGUUAGACGGCAAAUUAAGUCAAAUUGCUGAGAAAGAAAUAAAAGGUUCCUGCUAUUCACUUGUUGAAUUUAAUGGUAAAUUAUUAGCAAGUAUUAAUAGCACUGUUAGAUUAUUUGAAUGGACUGCUGAAAAAGAAUUGCGUCUUGAAUGCAGUCAUUUUAAUAACAUUAUUGCAUUAUAUUUAAAAACAAAAGGUGAAUUUGUAUUAGUUGGUGAUUUAAUGAGAUCAUUCACACUAUUACAAUACAAAACAAUGGAAGGUAGUUUUGAAGAAAUUGCUAGAGAUUAUAAUCCAAAUUGGAUGACUAGUAUUGAAAUACUUGAUGAUGAUACAUUUUUGGGAGCUGAAAACUGUUUUAAUUUAUUUGUAUGUCAAAAAGAUAGUGCAGCAGCAUCUGAAGAAGAUAGACAACAAAUGCAAGAAAUUGGACAAUUUCAUUUGGGUGAUAUGGUUAAUGUAUUUCGUCAUGGUUCACUUGUCAUGCAACAUUUGGGCGAAUCAAGUACACCAACAAAUGGCUGUGUAUUAUUUGGUACUGUUGGUGGUGCAAUUGGUCUUGUUACCCAAAUACCAUCAUAUUAUUAUGAAUUUUUACGUAAUUUAGAAGAUAAAUUAACGACAAUUAUUAAGAGUGUUGGUAAAAUUGAACAUCGUUUUUGGCGUAGUUUUAAUACCAAACUGAAAGUUGAACAGUGUGAAGGCUUCAUUGAUGGUGAUCUGAUUGAAAGUUUUUUAGAUUUAAAUCCUGACAAAAUGGUUGAAGUUGCAACGGGACUAACUAUUGAUGAUGGACAAGGAACAAAAAAAGAAGCAACUGUCGAUGAUCUGGCUAAAAUUGUUGAGGAUCUUACAAGGAUACAUUAAAUUUAUAAUGUUAAUUUGUAAAUGAGCACGCUUAUUAUUGAAAUAUCAAUAAUUUAAAAUCAAAUAAAAAAUAUAUUUCACAAAAACCAAUAAUAAUAAUAAUAAUAAUAAUUAUUACAAUUCUAGGAUUAAAAACUACUGUUAGUGUGGUCAUCAUUAUUCAGAGUAAAACCCUUUCAAACUUAAUCGUUGAAUAAAAACUUCAAUUUUAAAUUGAUUAUUUAUAAAGAAAACUUGCUGCGGCAGUUUUUAAUGUUUUUGGAUCAAAUAACCAAUCGCGUAUUUUUUCAAUACCUAUACCAGUCAUUGCACUUGCUUCAAUAAUCAUCAUACUUUGUUUUAUUUCACUUUGUAAACGUAAAAAAUGUAACAUAAGUAAUGCUUCAUUUCUCAAUUGUCUAUAUGAUACAUCCAUUUUAGAUAAUAUCAGACAAAAUUUGGUGUUUUGUAAUUUCGGCUCGACAAUUAAUGAAUAUAGUAAUACACUAGCAGCGCUGAUUUGGCAAAGAUUACUUGUAUCAAUAACAUAUAUUAUUUUACCAACUUUGUCGAAAUAAUGUUUCCAUAUAGGAGACAUGUUGCCACCAAUUUCUUUAAUAACUGUACUGAAAUGUCCAUCUUUAUUUUUUAUUGUAAAUAAAUUGAGUCCAUUUGUUGGUACUGUGUGCGAUGCUUCGUCAAUCUGUUCAUCACCUUGGAGUUUUUUCAUCAAUAAUGUUUUUCCAGAUUUUCGAGGACCAAGGCAAAGACACAUAAUUACUUUUCGAUUCAAUUUUCGUCAAUAAAAAAACUACUACUGUAGUAUCUUAUUAUUAGUCAAUUGAAUAUUGAUAAAACAUUUUGAGUAACUAGGAAAUCAUGAAGUAAUCGAUCCCAACAUAAUGAAAUAUCCAUGGUAACGUCGGCUAAUCAUUAAAGUAGUCAGUAGUCGAUCAAUAAUAACUCGAAAUAUCCAUAUAUUCAGUAAUUUAUAUUUUAAAUGCGUCAUCAACAUCGGUUACAUAUAAACAUUAUCACAGUUGAACUCAAUAAUUUACUGUCGUGAAAUAUUAUCAAGACUCGAUGAUUUUAUUUUAUUCUUUAGAUUUUAGAUUGUACUAUACUAGUCAAUCAUUUCUAUUAUUUUCAAGACCAAUGACUGCUUUGAUGAUAAGCCAAAUUUACCAUGGGUUGUUUAUUUUUUUAAUUCGAUUUCAGCAUAGUUUAAAUUUAUUUUCAUAAGUACUGCUGUAAUAAAUUCAAUACACAAUAUCUACAUCGCUCACGUGGUAGAAUGGCUUGUAAUUUGAUUAUGCUAUUUUUCAGUAAGAUAAAAAAAACUAAAUAGUAGACUUAAUAAAGGAAAACAACAAUUAUUAUUAUUUAUACAUGUCAUUUGUACAAUGUUUUUCCUGACUAUGUGCAUAUGUAUAGUAAUUUUUUUUUAGAUUCUAAAACGUCAUGAUGUCAUGAUAUUGAUUCUUCACAUAUAAAUGGUGUGUAUGAUUACUUUUAUGUCCAUUUUUUUUUUUUUUUUUUUUUUUGUUUGAUAUACACAUGUAUUACGAGCAUUAUUAUUUAUUUAUUUAUUUGACUAGAUGUCCCAGGCACUUGUAAGUUUGAAAUAAAUCUCAAUAAUUGAGAUUAUCUUUCAGAAAAUAUUGUUCUUACUAUUUCUGGCAUGCGCCAUGCGUGUAAACGUCGGUCUUUG